AUGCUUCCAAGUACUAGCGAACCGACUUCGGCUGCUGCGGAUACUGCAAAUUUGGUGGAAAAAUUAAGUCGAUACGAACAGUUAGGCCAAGAAGUGAUCGUCGGGAAGAGAGCGUUGGUGGAGUUGGACGAACGCAGGCAGAAAUGCCGAGAAGCUACAAGACAGAUCCAGAAACAAAGAGAUCUGGGGGAUAGCUGUUGGUUGUGCUUAGGUGAAUCUUCUUUUAUCAAGGUGCCGACUGAGAAAGCUCUGUCUUUUUUGAAAGAAGAUGUAAAAACAAUCGAAGAAACUGUUAAUUUUACCCGUGAGGAACUAAAGAAAAAAGUCGAUGAAGUUCGCAGGAUUGAAGGGUCGAAGAACCUUUCAGAACUUGGCUUUCUUCUACGUCCUGUUUAUUAA